GUGACUCAAUUCUUCUUCCUUCUUCUCCUCCCUCUGUCAAACACACACAUACACACACACUUGUCGUUUUCUUCGUUCUAUUCUAUCUUCCUUCAUUCCACCAUUAAUGGAAGCUGCCCACAUGACCCAAUUAUAUGUGCAUGGUAGCUUCAUUGGGGCAUUUUGGUGAAAAGUGAGCUAUAGAAAAGUAUGACUGCAAUGGAAAACUUGAGGCAAAAAUUAGCUAUGGCUGUCAAAAGCAUCCAAUGGAGCUAUGCCAUCUUCUGGUCCAUUUCCACAACAGAACCAGGGGUAUUGACAUGGAGUGAUGGGUACUACAAUGGAGACAUCAAGACAAGGAAAACAUUACAAGCAGAAGAAAUGAAGGACGAUGAUGAGGAUGAAUUGGGAUUUCAAAGAACAGAGCAAUUAAGACAACUUUACGAAUUACUUUCGGUUUCAGCCGGUGGUGAACGUGAACCACAAACAAGAAGGCCCUCAGCUGCAUUAUCCCCUGAAGAUCUUACAGACACCGAAUGGUAUUUCUUGGUUUGCAUGACAUUUGAGUUCACUAAUGGUCAAGGAUUGCCAGGAAGAACAUUGGCAAAGAAUAGCAGUAGUUGGUUAUGCAAUGCUCACUUUGCGGAUAGCGAAGUCUUCAGUCGCUCUCUUCUUGCAAAAAGUGCAUCGAUUCAGACUGUGGUAUGCAUUCCAUAUUUAGAAGGUGUGGUCGAGUUUGGCAUAACCGAGAUGGUUUUAGAAGAUGAGGACAUCAUUAAGCAGAUUAAAGCUUUUAUCAGUGAUCCUGCAACUCAAAAGGUUGUUGAAAUCCCUUUAGAGCUUGAGCUUGAAUAUGAUCAAACCCUAGUUACAAAGACUACUCAUAAUUCACCCAAAAACAGUUUGAAUCAUCACUGUUUUCAAUCCCAAGAGCAGAGCUGGCAGUUUGUAGAUGAUGAAGAGGAAGGAGAAGAGAUUAGUGUCUACCAUAAUAAUAAUAAUAAUAAUUCCAGUAGUUCAAGUGAUUGUAUAUCUCAAAACUUAGUCAGUGGUCCAAGUAAUCUGUGGACUGAAGAUGAUAGUCGAUAUCAGUCUGUUCUUUCGAAGAUAUUCAACAACACCCAAAGAUUGAUUUUGGGACCUCAUUCAAGAAGCUGCAGUUAUAAUGAAUCGGCUUUCAUGAGUUGGAAAAAUCACUAUGGAAUGGAAUUGGAAAGGAAUCGAAAGGGAAGUUGUUCACAAAUGUUACUGAAGAAGGUGCUUUUUGAGGUCCCCAAAAUGCAUGAGCAUGAGGAUGAUACAAAGAAACUCAACCAUCGGUUUUCUCUUCUCAGCUCCAUGGUCCCUUGUAGAGGCAAGGUUGACAAAGUGUCUCUGCUUGAUGAUACUAUCGAUUACUUAAAAACUCUGAAGAGAAGGGUGAAAGUGUUGGAAUCCAAUGAAGAUAGAAAAAACAAGAAAUCCCAGCAGCACGACAUGAUUCAAAUGCAAGAAAGAACAUGUGAUAAUUAUUACGGAAACAAAAGAAAAGCUUGUUGUGAUGUUGAAGAUUUACAGUUAGAAGAAGAAGAAAAGGAUUGUAUUACAGUGAGCGCGAUAGAAAAGGAUGUUACGAUUGAGAUUCGGUGCAGAUGGCGAGAAAAUAUGAUGGUACAAGUGUUUUAUGCAAUCAGCAGCCUAAACUUGGAAUCUUAUUCGGUUCAUUCUUCUACUGUUGAUGGGAUUCUCACAUUGACCAUUGAAUCUAAGUUAAAGAGUUGUACGGCAUCCACCGCAAAGAUGAUCAGGCAGGCACUACAGAGAGUAAUUGGUAGGAGUUGUUCAAGUUUCUAGUACACAUAUUACAUAUACGUGAGUGAGAGUCUAUAUAUAUAAAUAUUAUUUUUGUACAUUAACAAGUGUUUUGGUAUUUGUACUACUACACAAACGUUAUAUACCAUUAGUUGUGUGCACAAUGACAUGCAUACAUAUAUUAUACA